ACUAGGGGAAACCUGUUACUUUGUUUACCCUUAUACUGAAGUCAAAUAUUUGAAUCAAUGCCUCCGCGGUUGUCAUUCGCUCCAGUCAGAAACUUUGCGAAACAAGGAAACUUAACUCGAAGGAUGAGCUCCCAGCCUAAAGUAUACGUGACUCGUCCAGACGUCGAUGAUAGCGGCCUGGAGCUCCUGCGUAAGAGGUGCCAGGUGAGCACUUGGAAUGAGACUAUUCCGGUGCCUCGCUGCGAGCUGAUUCGGGAAGUGGCCGGGAAAGACGCACUUUACUGCGCCCUAACAGAUAAAAUCGACAAGGAAGUCCUGGAUGCUGCUGGUUCCCAGCUAAAGUGCGUGGCCACCAUUUCGGUGGGUUACGAACACAUCGAUGUGCAGGAAUGCAAGAAACGUGGUAUUCGCGUGGGUUUCACUCCAGACGUUCUUACGGAUGCUACGGCUGAACUGACGCUUGCUCUCCUCUUAGCCACCAACCGACGUCUGUUUGAGGCAAACAAGCAGGUUUACAACGGCGGAUGGAAGUCAUGGGCCCCGAUGUGGAUGUGCGGCCAGGGACUGAAGGGUUCCCGGGUGGGAAUGUUUGGUUUCGGACGCAUCGGUCAAGAGAUAGCGGCACGCAUUGUGCCAUUCAAGCCGGCGGAGAUAACCUACACAACCCGCUCGCCACGUCCCCAAGAAGCGGCUACUGUCAAUGCCCGACGUGUGGACUUUGACGAGAUGGUCUGCAACUCAGACUUUAUCGUAGUCUGCUGCGCCCUGACCCCGGAGACCAAAGAAAUCUUCUCUACCGAAGCAUUUCAAAAGAUGAAGCCUAACUGCAUCCUUAUCAACACUGCGCGAGGAGGUGUUGUAGACCAGAAAGCCUUGUACGAGGCACUGAAGAACAAACAAAUUCUGGCGGCUGGCCUGGAUGUAACGACGCCGGAACCAUUACCUUUGGAUGAUCCCCUUCUUAAGCUGGACAAUGUAGUUAUUCUUCCACAUAUUGGAAGUGCGGACAUUGAGACACGAAAGGAAAUGUCCCGAAUUACAGCUAGAAAUAUACUUGCUGCUCUAGCUGGUGAUAAGAUGGAUGCUGAAGUAAAAUUGUAAACCAUUUAAACUUGUGAUCCCGAUGAUAAUUUUCAAUUUGAUCAAUUCUAAAUAAAAGUAUGGAUUUAGUUGA